AAAGCAAGAAAGGAGAAGAGGAAACAGUCUUUGAAGGAAGAUGAUGACAAAUACAUACACUUUGAAAUAUAAAUUCACCAAAAAUAUUAUUCCCUCCAUUUUCUACAUUUUUCCACCCAUAGCUUUAAUUUGCCUAUACUUUUACUCUCACUCCUUUGCUCCAUUCUUCACUCUCAUCACUCACUACUCUCCACUGCCUGCUUCUACGCCUACAGAGAUUGAAAAAGCUUAUGAGAAGACAUGUGACUAUUCCAUUGGAAAAUGGGUCCAUGACAAGAGAGAACCUUUGUAUAAUGCAACAACAUGUAGUAAUAUCAAGCAAAGCCUAAAUUGCAUUAGUAAUGGAAGACCUAACACAACCUACCAAUAUUGGAGAUGGAAACCAAGUGAGUGCAAUCUUCCAAUGUUUAAACCAAACACUUUUCUCAAUCUCAUCAAAAACAAACAAAUAGCUUUUGUUGGUGACUCUUUAGCUAGGAACCAAAUUGACUCACUUAUUUGCUUAUUAUCCACUACUUCAACCCCACAAGGUUCCCAGCAUAAGGGCUCUACUAAAUGGUACUUUCCUUCUCACAAUGCAAAUGUGUCCAUCUAUUGGUCACCAUUUCUUGUGAAGGGUGAACAAAGAAAAAACAAAGGGCCAAAUUAUAAUACCAUUUUUUUGGAUCAUGUUAAUGAGAAAUGGGCUAAUGACAUAAAUGAAAUGGACUUGGUUGUUUUAUCGUUUGGUCAUUGGUUUAUGGUUCCUUCAAUUUAUUAUGAGGGUGAUUCUGUUUUAGGUAGUCAUGAUCUUAAAUUUAAUUACCCCAAAAUUGGAUUUUAUGUUCCAUUUAGAAAGGCUUUAAGGACUGCCCUCAAUAGUAUAAUUGAUGGGAGAGGAAAUAAUAGUAGCAAGGGUAAUAAUGGAAUUGAUGUAAUUGUGACAACAUAUUCACCUACUCAUUUUGAAGGUGAUUGGGAUAAGGGUGGUACUUGUUCAAAGAGUGAGCCAUAUGAAAAUGAGGAAAAGAAACUUGAAGGAAUGGACGAUGAGUUAAGAAAAAUUGAGUUCGAGGAAGUGGAAAAUGCCAAAGUAAAAGCUAAAGAAUUUGGAGGAAUUAGAUUUGAGAUUUUGGAUAUAACUAAAUUAGCAUUGUUGAGACCAGAUGGUCAUCCGGGUGCUUAUAUGAAUCCUUUUCCUUUUGCAAAAGGGGUUCCAAAACAUGUUCAAAAUGAUUGUGUUCAUUGGUGCUUGCCAGGUCCUAUAGAUACUUGGAAUGAGGUUUUUUUGGAGACUAUGAAGAAGUGGGAUCAACGUUCCCAAAAAGAAAAAUGAUACAUUUUUUCUUUUAUGUUAUUCUUAUUGAGGAAUGAUUGAUUUUGUUUAGUUUAAUUACGCUCUCUUCUUGUCUAAUGUAAAGGGUAACAUUUACAUUACAUGUAUUGCUUAGAAAAGUUGCACAUUUUUUUUUAAAGUGGUGUAUACCAUUGUAUGAUGGACACAAU